UUAGGGCCAGGGGCGAUGUGGAGAGACACACAGCCGUGUACUGCGGGGGUGCAGGCGCGGGGACACCGGGGUCACCGCGCACUACCAACCAGGGGCAUCCCGGGGAGACUCACCGUGAACUCCUGGAAGCCGCUGAGGGAGAAUGUGCCCUCCUCGUCCAGCAGCAGCCCGUCCAGCUCCAUCCCUCCGGCUUGCCCCCGAGACAGGGCUACCGGGUCCCGUCCGGUAACCGACGGGUGCCGGUCCUUCUCUGGGAUGCUGGGCGGCUGCACGGCCGAGCCCAAUCUGACCAAGGCGCAGGCCGCGGCAGCCGCUCCCCGGCCGAGCCCUGCCUUCCGCCUUCUCCUUCCGGUGCAAGGCUCCGGGCUCCCCGCUCCCUGCCCGCAUGCGCGCCCGGUCCCGUCACCCCCCUCCCAGCCGCCGCCGCGGGGCGGGCUGCGCAUGCGCGCGGCGCCAGCGGCCGCCGCUCCGGUCCCCCGCAGGCGGUGCCGCCCGCCCCAGCCGGUGCAGCGCUCGCCGCCCCUGGUGACAGCGGCCCCUCCCUCUCCCCCUCCCGCAGCCAUGGCGAGCGGCCGGGCCGAGGAGGCAGCGGCGGCUGCGGCCGAGGAGGAGGAGGAGGAGGCGGCAGCGGCGGCGGCGGCGCGGCUGGCGGCGGCGCUGCGGCAGCGGCUGCGGGGCUGGGAGGCGGCGCUGGCGGCGGCGCAGCGGCUGCUGGUGUGGGAGAGGCCGCUGCACAGCCUGGUCACCGCCGCCGCGCUCGGCGGGGCCCUGUGGUUGUUUUCCUCUACAUCCCUGAGACCCCUCUUUCUCCUCAGCAUGUCUCUUCUUGGCAUCCUCUUGCUGGAGAGGUGGAAGCCCAGGUUCCUGUUUGAUUUCUCAGCACAGCCCUCAGAGGAGCCAGGAGGGGAGAGCGAGGGAGUGACUUCAGGGGCGCAACCUCACCUGCUCAGUGUCCCUGAGCUGUGCCACUGUCUGGCAGAAAGUUGGGUCACCUUCAGACUGUACCUGCAGGAACUGCUACAGUACAAGAGGCAAAAUCCUGCCAAGUUCUGCAUGAGUGUCUGUUCAGGCUGCCUGAUUCUGGCUGUAGUUGGACACUAUGUUCCAGGCAUAAUGAUCUCCUACAUCAUUUUGCUCAGCAUUCUGCUGUGGCCUCUAGUGGUCUACCAUGAGCUGAUCCAGAGGAUGUACACACGUUUGGAGCCUGUCCUGAUGAAACUGGACUACAGUAUGAAGGCUGAGACACUGCACCACAAGCAUGAGAAGAAGAAGCGACAAGGGAAGAGUGAGCCUGCAGCAGGUGAUGAGCCAACAGCAGAGACGGAGAGCGAGAGUGAGGCAGAGCUGUCAGGCUUCUCCCCAGUGGUGGAUGUGAAAAAAACUGCCCUGGCACUGUCAAUCACAGAUUCUGAGCUCUCUGAUGAGGAGGCUUCCAUCCUGGAGAGUGGGGGAUUUUCUGUUUCAAGGGCUACCACCCCACAGCUGACAGAUGUUUCUGAAGACCUGGAUCAACAGAGCCUGCACAGUGAGCCAGAGGAGUCAUUCUCCAAGGAUCUGGCAGAGUUUCCCUCCGUGGAAGAAUAUCAUUCCAGAGACCUGGGACCACAGAGCGAUGAAGAUACCUUUGGCAUGCCUCUGGGUCCUGAGCUUGCUGGCGCUGACCGUGAGCUAGACUCGGUGGAGAAGGAGGCCACGGACUCUGAGCUCUCCAUCCUGCGCCUCGCAUCUCCUCUCCACUUUGUAAAUACGCACUUCAACGGGAGCGGGCAAGUGGCAGGAGGCGACACAGAGCCAAAGACUGGCCCUGCCCCGGGCCUGGGCGUCAGCAUUGACACGCUGAGUGAGGAGAUCGUCACCACUGCCAUUACCACGGCUGUGCAGAAUACCCUCUCUGCCCUGCUGCGGUCCUCGGAGGCCAGUGAGGGACCCUCCCUUUCCGAGUUCCUGCCGACCGAGCCUGAAGAGAAACUGAACUUCCAAGCCCAGCUGUCAGAAAGCGAAGCGGCGGAGACAGAGACAGCAGCACCACCAGAGGAUGAGGAGGAAGCAGAUGACUUUGAGCUACUGGAUCAGGGGGAGCUGGAGCAAAUGGAUGUAGAGCUGGGGCUCAGAGAGGAGCAGGAAGCACAAAAGCCUCCUGCCCCUCCAGCUCCCCCCUCUCCCAUGCUUGCUGAGCUGCCAAAGCAAGGAGAUGAGGAGGAGGCAGUGAUGACAGCAGCACCACUGUCUUAGGUCUUCUUCACGCACCCUCUCUUCCUCCAUCACUGGAAAAAAGGAAGAACUACCGUGGUGACCGUGCAAGUGGGUUUUUAGAUGUUUGUGUUGACUGGGAUGGAAACGCGUCAGUGUUAAUGUGCUGUGUCUGGAAUAACGAGUCCUUCCCAUCCUUCUAGAGCCCGGCCUCCGCUGGCUGCCUGGCAGCCGCCCCUGCCCUGCGGCUGGGGAGGAGCCUGGCUCCUAGAAGCCUUACACCACGAUCCAAACACCGACCCCGGCAAAUGCUUCCUAGUAGUGGUGCCGUAUUUUGGUCUGUCUUCUGUUUGUCUUUCGUUUUGCACGCAAGAGUACCAAGCUAGCUGUAGCUGCUGCUGCUGCCCACGCCCCCAGUAGGACAUAUGCAAUCUUAUUUUAUUGGGUUUUUAAAUGGCUACAAGUGUAAAUAAUUUUAACUUUCCUUGGUUUUGUUGGGAGGGAGAGAGGGAGGGAGGGAGAGAAGGGGUGCACUGACAAACACGGCUCUCAGGGGCAAGGGGAAGGGCUGUUUGGAGGGGAGGGUUGGCAGCAGGGGCGAAAGAGGCAGGUGGGCUCUGUGAAGAGACCCCCGUACGCCAGCCCUUGUCAUCGUCCGUGUAACUGCUUGAACAGGCUCUGGGGUGGUGUUUCCCCUGUCCGGUUUGAGUUCUGCUGUUGGGUGGCUGUGGAGAUUUUUGCAAUGAAUGAAACUCGCUCCUGGCCCUGC